AUGUAUUUGGAAACAAAAAGAGCUAUUUUUAUUUGUUGGAUUUUUCUACAAGUUCAAGGAAGCAAAGACACUUCCAAUAAAAUAUAUCAAACUACAGAUCUAGCCAAUUUCCCAAGAAUGGAAAUGCCUGAGAGUACUGCAAACCCAUUCCAAGUGUCAACCAUGAGACGAAUAUUUGAUUUGACAAAACUUCGAACCAAAAGAUCGACACUCUUCCCAACUGGAGUUAAUGUCUGUCCACAGGAAUCCAUGAGGAAGAUUGUAGCCAGUCUUCAAGCUUAUUAUAGAUUGAGAGUGUGCCAGGAAGCAGUGUGGGAGGCAUAUCGGAUCUUUCUGGACCGCAUCCCUGACACAGGCGAAUACCAGGACUGGGUCAGCCUGUGCCAGCAGGAGACCUUCUGCCUCUUUGACAUUGGGAAAAACUUCAGCAAUUCCAAGGAGCAUUUGGAUCUUCUUCAGCAGAGAAUAAAACAGAGAAGCUUCCCCGAGAGCAAAGAUGAACUGUCUCCUGAGCAGACACAGACAGUGACUGCAAAGACUCCUGCACACUCUCCAGAUGCUGUCGAUGUCUCACUUAGCCCCUUUCCUCUGAUUCCUGAUGACACACACGACAACGAAAUCUUCAAUGACACUCUGAAAGACAUCAGGAAGCCUGCGACAGAAAGAGAAGCAGGAUUCACUCACGUGUCUGAAGGCCUGCUGGAUCAGAAGGUAGAGUUCAGCAUCUUUCUCCCAAAUCAGAAGUUCAAGGCGGAACUUGCUGAUCCCAGAUCUCCAUACCACCAAGAACUGGCAGAAAAGUCACGGCUGCAGUUGCAAAAGGAAUUUAAGAAAGUUCCAGGAUUCAAAGAAAUCCAUGUGUUAGGAUUUAGACCAAAGAAAGAAAGAGAUGGUUCGAACUCCAUCGAGGUACAACUGGCAGCCAUCUUUAAGAGAGACCGAGCAAAACGCCCCCCAGGUGAUCUCCUGCCUUUCGAUUCCAACAAAAUUGAACCUGAAGGAGCCCACCAAGGAACCGUGGAAGAGGACAAAAGACCAGAAAUCAACCUCCCACCUGUAGACCUGAAAAAACUCCUCAGCAGAAUAGUAGAAGACCAGUCCUUGGACACGGGGACAGCGCAGAUCUCUGAAGAAGUGAUGGUGUCAUCUCCAGUCUCUGAACCCGAUACCCAGUCAGGACUGCCUACCACUCCAGCCAGUAUCACCCAGAAUGUGACUUUGAGUUCAACACUUCCUUUUGGUGAACCCAGGCAGGAGACAGAGCACAGGGAAGGACCUGGCCUGCCGGCACCGGUAACCGCAGCUGGUUCUUCUUUUCUCUUCUUUGGGAAAACUGGACGCGAUGCGCUGGCCGCGGAGCCUCUUCCGUGGACGGGUCUCCUCCGUGGACGGGUCUCCUCCGUGGACGGGUUCUCCGUGGACGGGUCCCCUCUGUGGACGGGUCUCCUCCGUGGACGGGUCCCCUCCGUGGACGGGUUCUCCGUGGACGGGUCCCCUCCGUGGACGGGUCUCCUCCGUGGACGGGUUCUCUAUGGAUGGGUCCCCUCCGUGGACGGGUUCUCCGUGGACGGGUCUCCUCCGUGGACGGGUCUCCUCCGUGGACGGGUCUCCUCCGUGGACGGCUCCCCUUCGUGGACGGGUCCCCUCCAUGGACGGGUCCCCUCCGUGGACGGGUCUCCUCCGUGGACGGGUCUCCUCCGUGGACGGGUCCCCUCCGUGGACAGGUCGCCUCCGUGGACAGCUCCCCUCCGUGGACGGCUCCCGCCUCCGCCCUGGGCGGCCUGGCCCUCGGGCACUCCCCCUUCCCUUACCUCGCGCCUUCUCCCCGCAGACGCUGCACGCCCAGGGCCCACGCUCUUCCCCGCGGAUUCUCCAGCCUCCGGCCCCGGGUCUGCGCUGCCCUCGCCCGCACCUGCGCCCUGGGACGCCAGCGGCUCACCCACGAGGAGCCAUGACGCGCGUGGAGACCGCGAAGGUGCGGACCGGUCCGCGGCCCCGGGGUGGCCGCACCUCACCGCGGGCCCCAGCACCGCAGGCCCCAGCACCGCAGGCCCAGGCCGGGGCGCAGAGCUCGUGGUGUUCUUCAGCCUGCGCGUGGCCAACCUGCCCUUCUCCCCGGACCUGGCCGACAGGAGCUCGCCCGAGUACCGCGCGCUGGAGCGGCGCUUCACGCAGCUGCUGGUCCCGUAUCUGCAGUCCAAUCUCACUGGAUUCAGGCAGCUGGAAAUACUCAGCUUCCGCAAUGGGAGCGUGAUCGUGAACAGCAAGGUGCAUUUUGCUCGCUGGGUGCCCUACAACCUCACCCAGGCUGUGCACGGGGUCCUGGAGGAUUUUCGGUCCUCAGCAGCUGAACUGGACCUGGAAAUUGACAGCAACUCUCUCAACAUUGAACCAGGCGACCAGGCCGACCCCUGCCGCUUCCUGGCCUGCGGGGAAUCCGCCCAGUGCGUCUGGAACGCGUGGACCCAGGAGGCUGAGUGCCGCUGCCAGCUGGAGCAAGGGCUCGGGGAUGCCCAGCGCUGCGCCCCUGCGGAGGGCGCCAUCAGCCUUCAGCCCCCCCCACCUCCCCAGCCCCCCCAACCCCCAGCCCCCCCAUCCCAUGCCUGCAGCGAAAACAGCCCCUGCUCAGAUGGACCCCAGGACCGGCCCACGGACCGCAGCUUUCAGUCACAGUCAACUCCCGCCCUGGACGUCACAGAAAGGAGCAGAGAAGGCGGCCAGGUACCGCCCGGACUGGAGAACUCCCAGACCCAUGGCUGCCCAGCACUCUGGCCAGCAAGCAGUGCUGCAGGUCAGCCCACAGCCAGCUCCAGGACCAGCGGGUAUCCUGCACGGGACCCCCGACGGGAGACCCGCACUGCCAGUGACCCCCAGAGCCUGUCCCAGAAGCUCUCCAUCCCGCCCAAGAAGGACGAAGAGGCCCUGGUCCUGCUCUCCCCCCUCACCCCUCAUGCCCCCGCCCCACCCCCACCCCCUGUUGACUUCUAG